CUUACCUUCUGUAAUCUCAAAAUCAAGUAACCCGUAAUCCAUUCACGUGCCCUCUCCAAUCUCCAUCUCCCCCUACGGCAAAUCUCCUGAAAUUAGUAAUAACAAGUUUCACAUGAGCGAAUCCAUAUCUUGACCGGGCUUUCCAAAUUUUGCUCCAAGAACCAAGUUUUGUUCAUAAUCUGCAAGAACUCUCUUGAAGCAGUUUCCUUCUUGGAAUGUUAUAGUUUCAUCAAGAUGAAAAUAGGCACACCAAGGACACCAUUGUCAAAGAUUGGAAGGAGGACCCCUUUAAGGUCUGCCAUAAAUAAGACCCCUCCAUGUAAUACUCCAGGUGAAUCAAAGGCUCAUGAGGAGAAGAUUCUUGUCACAGUUCGUGUGAGACCACUGAGCUCAAAGGAACAGGCAGCCUAUGAUCUUGUUGCCUGGGAUUUCCCCAAUGACCACACUAUUGUUUCAAAGAAUUUGAGCCAUGAACGCCAUUCUGGCUCAUACUCCUUUGAUUUUGUCUUUGGUCCAAUUUGCUCAACUCGAAAGGUUUAUGAAGAAGGGGCUAGAGAUGUUGCUCUUUCUGCACUUAGUGGAAUCAAUGCAACUAUUUUUGCAUAUGGGCAGACGAGCAGCGGGAAGACAUUUACAAUGAGAGGAAUUACUGAAAAUGCUAUUAAGGAUAUUUAUGAACACAUAAAAAAUACUAUAGAUAGGGACUUUGUCUUGAAAUUUUCUGCUUUGGAGAUAUACAAUGAGACUGUUGUAGACCUAUUGAACAACGAACCUGGCACACUUCGCUUAUUGGAUGAUCCUGAGAAAGGAACUAUAGUUGAGAAAUUAGUAGAAGAGAUUGUUGAGGAUGACCAACACCUGAAGAAUUUAAUUAAUAUUUGUGAAGCUCAAAGGCAAGUGGGAGAAACCGCUCUAAAUGAUAAAAGCUCGAGGUCACAUCAGAUAAUCAGGCUGACCAUUGAGAGCAGUACUAGAGAAAAUUCUGGGCAUGUGAAGUCCCUCUUAGCAACUCUGAACCUUGUGGAUCUAGCGGGAAGUGAGCGUGCAAGUGCAGACGGUACAAGGUUGAAGGAAGGAAGCCACAUCAACAGAAGCUUGUUGACCUUGACCACUGUAAUUAGGAAGCUAAGUGGAGGGAGGAGAAAUGGCCACAUUCCUUAUAGAGACUCAAAGCUGACAAGGAUCUUGCAGGCCUCACUAGGGGGGAACGCACGAACUGCAAUCAUAUGCACUCUGAGUCCGGCAUUAAGCCACGUGGACCAAUCCCGUAACACGCUCUCAUUCGCAACCAGUGCCAAAGAAGUCACUAAUACUGCCCAAGUCAACAUGGUAGUAUCAGAGAAACAAUUGGUGAAAAAGUUGCAGAAAGAAGUUGCAAGGCUUGAAGCAGAGCUCCGAACUCCGGAAACUAAUGCUGCUCCAUGUCUAAGAUCUUUACUUGUGGAGAAAGAAAUCAAAAUCCAGCAGAUGGAGGAAGAGAUGAAUGAACUGAAACGUCAAAGGGACAUUGCUCAAUCCCAGCUAGAAUGUGAAAGAAGAGCAAGAAAAGAGAUCAAGGGUUCGGAUGAUCACGGUCCAUCUCAUCAAGAAGUAGUCAGAUGCCUUUCCUUUUCCACUGACGAAAUGGUUCCAAGUGUUGGUGGGUCCAUCCUAUUAACACCACAUGGUAGAAGAAGAAACUUAGGUGGGAGAAACAACACUUCACUAGUCAGGCAAUCAGCCGGUUCAACAAACCCGUCCAUGCUGGUGAAUGAAAUCCGAAAGCUUGAAAUGAGGCAAAGGCAGCUUGGGGAAGAAGCAACCCAUGCACUUGAGCUUCUCCACAAAGAGUUUGCUUCACACAGAAUAGGCACUCAUGGUGCCACAGAAUCUAUUGCGAAAUGUCUGUCGGAGAUAAAGGGUAUGCACACUUUAAACUCUUCUGUUCCAGCAGAGGAAGUCCAGAUCAAAGACAAAGCCAGCCUGAAGGAAGAGAUUGCCCGUCUGAGAUCUCAAGAAAGCAGCAUUAGAUCUCUGGAACUGAAGCUCGAGAACGUCCAGAGAUCUAUAGACAAAUUAGUCGUCAUGCACCUCCCAAAUGACGAAACUGAUGAAACUACUACCCCAGAGUUGAUGAAGACCCCAUUUUCAUCAAGAAAGAAAAAAAUGCUUCCUUUUGCAGCACUCACCAACACUGCUGCCAACAUGCCAAACUUGAUACGCUCUCCCUGUUCACCUAUGGAUAGUGACAUUGAGAACAAAGCACCACCAGAGAGUAAUAACAAAAACACCUCUUCAACGGAGGGCGGUACCCCUGCAAAACAAUCAUCAAACUCUGUCAGUGUCAAGAAAAUGCAGAGGAUGUUCAAGAAAGCUGCCGAGGACAACAUUAGGGACAUUAAGGCCUAUGUCACCGAACUUAAGGAACGUGUGGCUAAGCUCCAAUACCAAAAACAGCUCUUAGUUUGCCAGGUACUGGAAUUGGAGGCAAACGAUGGUGCAGCCAUGGAAGAACCUGAGUUUAACACAGAGGAACACUCUUCACCUGCUACAUCGUGGCACUUGGUAUUUGAGGAACAAAGGAAGCAACUCAUAAUGCUGUGGCACUUAUGCCACGUAUCGCUGGUCCACCGCACACAGUUCUUCCUGCUGUUCGGAGGGGAGUCGUCGGACCAGAUAUACAUGGAGGUGGAGCUGAGGAGGCUGACAUGGCUAGAGCAACACCUGGCAGAGUUAGGGAAUGCCAGCCCAGCACUCUUGGGCGAUGACCCGGCAAGCUACGUCUCUUCAAGCGUUAGGGCGCUGAAGCAGGAGAGGGAGUACCUGGCCAGGAGGGUGAACUCUAAGCUAAGUGGAGAAGAGAGGGAGAGGCUAUAUGUGAAGUGGGACAUUCCGGCAGAUGGGGGCGGGGGGAAGCAGAGUAGUAGGAGGAGGAGGAUGCAGCUUGUAAAUAAGCUAUGGUCUGAUCCACUGAGCAUGGAGAAUGUGCACGAGAGUGCACAGAUUGUGGCGAAGCUGGUUGGGUUUUGGGAGACAGGGGAGCCAGUUUCUAAAGAGAUGUUUGAGCUCAAUUUUGUAUCACCCUGUGAUAAGAAGUCAUGGAUGGGCUGGAGUCUCAUUUCUAAUCUCUUACACUUUUAGCCAGCCAGCCAUUUUUCUUUACACUUGUAGAAAAAAACAGCCUCAACUGCACUGCAACAAUGAUGGAUGGGAUUAUCCAACCAUCUUUUUGUGUAAUAUAUAUGCAAUUUAUCUCUUGCCAUGUUUGUGCCAUUCUUACUACACUGAAAUAUGGAAGGAGUUAUGUUAUUCAGGUUCACAA